UUCAGAUAAUGCACGGAACCGAUCAAGGGCUGUAAUCACUCGGAAGCUACCUCGAUUAGGUGAAGAAGAAAUUGAGUCUUUUGAAGUCAGAGCUAAGCCGUUGAAUCCAAUACAUACAAAUUCAAUGCAGAGAUUCUUAACUGCUCAAAAAUUGGAUAUAAAUCAGCGUUACUGUGAAUAUAUGCACGGAGUGACAAAGGAGAAGGAUAAAAAUUGGGUAGUGCAACCAGUUACAACAAAGAAAUCUGUUACCAGUUAUCUGUUUCAACAAGAAUUGGAAGCUUACAAGAAAUUGCGCAAUGAAGAUAAAGCUUCAAAAUUAUUAAAAGUUGUUUUCAAAGCAAUUACCACAGAACACCGGUUUGACUUGCUUUUCUUACAAAUAUUUAAUUUUUUUGCAUUUAUAUCCCUUGUUAGUAAAAUAAGUGUUAUUUUUCUAAUUCUAAAAUAUAAUAAAUAUGUAUUUGUUAUAGGAUUUAUCCAAAAUAUGGUCAAGUUAUAUUUUUCGAAUAUAUGCUUCAAAAUACAGAAUCGGAACCAACCAUCACCUCUUCUCAAUGUAGAAUUAUGGCAGUGCUACAAAAAUUUAUAUCAAAUUGACACUCCACUUGAAAGAAACCUCUAUCGACUAUCGGAACAAAAUGAAAUGCAUACUUCUGUAGAGAUUUUUUUAAGACCAUUUGAAACUGUAUAUGCGCCAUUUAUCUACGAUGCAUUCUCAUUAUUUCAAGAUCAGAUUCAAAAUCAAGUUAAAGUCGUAUUUAAAAAGAAAAUUAAUGGUGAACCAAUAUCAAUUUUGGAUUUGCUAAUUGAUAAUCGCUACAAUAUCAUUUACAAUUCAUUUCGAUUUUACCACGAAGCAGAAACAACAUUUUCUAGGCUCAUUCAUAUCACUGGAUUUAAGAGUCGGGUUCAUGAUGUACGCUGUACAGAUCCCCACGUACUAACUUCAUUAAAAAUCAAUUCAGACGGUUCACAAGAUUUACUUUUUACGUACCAGCUUGGUAAAGCACCAACGUUACAAACAUUUGCUUUGAUAUUUUUUGGUGACCAAUUUUAUGCUACUGUGCUUGGAGCAUGGUUAAUACAUAUUCACGCUGUAAAUCGGAUUAAUCUAAAUGCUGUGCGAGCACAACUUGUAAAAGUGCCUAUCGUACUGAAAACUGAUCGCAGUUAUAGUGGUGCUAUUCAUUUUCAAACUUCAUUAAAAAAUGUUGAGAUUUUUCCGGCUGAUAUCAUGCAAGUAGAACACGAUAAGAUUCUUGAUGUUGUCGUUCAUCUCACACCAAGUUGUGCAGGUGUAUCUGUGGUAUUAAUUAAUGCAAUUGAGCAACAAACAAAGAAUCUGUUAAAUACGUGGAUGAUUGUAAUAAACGUGCAAGAAGCCGAUAUUACAAAAGUUUUUGAAGUUUAUGUACAGAAUAAUAGGAAUCAGACAAUUAAAUUGACAAUAGGAAAUCGAUACAGUGUUGAACGAUCGUUUCGAAUUUCUUCUUCCCAUCCGGCUUAUGUUAAAAUUGAUAAUGACAUUAUAAAAUUAGCUGGUUACAAAUUAAGUGAUGUACUGAUCACAUUUCUAUUUAGUCAAGAAGUGAGAUUAUCUGAGGUGCUUAUAUUUGUUACGAAUGUAGAUAACAAUCUUCAAGAGGAAGCUUAUUUGCUGAAAUUAAUCUAUCAGGAGUGA